UGCUACAAAGGAGUUUCGAAGCGUUUAUCGCUGCCUUUACAAAGUAGAAGUAGGUUUUUAAAUGGUGAUAGAAGUGAUUUUUUGCAAGUUUCAUUUGACACAUCGCAUCCAAGAUGGAUCCUAUGUACCUUGCGUUGUCUCUUUUCCGACGAAGAAAUUAUGACAAAUGUAUAGAUGUUUGUACGAGUAUAUUGGACAAGCAGCCAUUGGAUCAAGCGGCUUGGUACCUGAAAAUGAGAGCUCUUACUCAAAGGGUUUAUGUCGAUGACCUUGAGAGUGAAGAUAUAGUUAAUGAUGAUUUUUUGGACGAUAACGCGGUCGCUUCGGCACCAAGACCGGGAACAUCUUUGAGGACCGCAGCUACGACUAUACCCACCACAGCAGGACUGGAGUCGAGGCCUAGAACCGCUACAGGUCGACCUAUAUCUGGCGUUGUCCGACCAGGAACCCAAAGUAGUCGACCCACUUCAAAUUUGGGACGGAUACUGACUUCAAGAGCAGGUUCUGUCCAAUCAGCACGCGCGAUCCGUUUAGGCACCGCCGCCAUGCUCACCCAAAAGGACGGUCCUUUCAUCCAAAUUUCUCGCUUAAAUUUGGCAAAAUACGCGAAAAAUAAGAGUUUAAAUAAAGCGUUAUUCGAAUAUUUGUACUACCACGAGGGUGAUAUCCGCAAUGCGAGAGAACUGGCGGUUUUAGCGACGCAAGCUUGCGAAUAUAAAGACUGGUGGUGGAAAGUACAACUUGCUAAAUGCUACGUCGCUAUGAAUAUGAUUAGAGAUGCCGAACAGCAGAUUAGAAGUGCGGUUAGGCAACAUCACAAUAUCGAGAGUUUUAUUAGAUUGGUCAGAGUGUAUUUGAGAUUGGACCAACCACUGUCCGCCAUUGAGAUAUGCAAAUCGGGACUCGAAGUAUUCCCCAACGACGUAUCAAUCACGACGGAAAUGGCUCGCCUGUACGAAGUUCUCGGCGAUUCCAAGUCUUCCGUGAAAUAUUAUAGAAGCAUUGUUAUUGAAGACGCUAUGAAUACCGAAGCCAUUGCCUCGAUCGGAAUGUACCAUUUCUAUAACAAUCAACCAGAGCUGGCUUUGAGAUACUACAGACGCGUAAUGGCAAUGGGAGCUUAUUCUGCAGAAUUGUACAACAACAUAGGGUUGUGCUGUCUUUAUUCUCAACAAUUGGAUAUUACCUUAGCUUGUUUCCAAAGAGCUCUAGACCUAGCGACGGAUCCUACAAUCAAAGCUGAUGUGUGGUACAACUUGUCUUUUGUGGCAAUCCCAGCUCUAGAAGGAGUUGUAAAAUUCGUUUUUAUAUUAAGUACACAUACCCAUUACUCUUGUUCCGAUUGAAAAAUCUUUGAAAAUUUUCUCAAUCUACUGGGUGAAUUUUUUCAAAUUUGGUAUACGUCCAUACUAGAAAAUUCUCUGGAAUGAUUUUGGAAAAUACAGCGUUGACAGAUAUUCAGAUGCUGUAAAGUUUUCUUAACAUCUAUCUACCUACCUUUGCCUCUCACAGUUUACUGAGCCAAAAACUACAUUUGUUUUCAUGAUUAAAAGAUGUAAAAUCGUUACAUGUUAUAACGACUAAAUAUCAUUCAAUGGGUCUCAAAAAUGUGCAUAUUGUUGAAAUUUAGUAGUUAAUUAAAAGACUUUUCGAAUAGACGCUUUUGUUGCAAAGACGAUCUGCCUCUAUCACAGUUUCUUUCCCGUUGUUUCUCUGUAGUCGCUUUUAAUGUGUAGUGCAAACUCAAUUUUACUUCUCAGUUUUGCUUACAUUUUUGUUCAAUUGCAUAAUUAGUUCCAAUAUCAUCUACUCUAUUAAAUAUUUUGAGAUCAAUCUUUGCAAUUUGCAGGAAAAAUAUUUUAAUUAUUUGGAAUGAUAAUAAUUUGUC